GAAUAAAAUGUAAAGAUAUUUUAGUUUCCUGAACUCUCUCUGUCUGAUAACUGAGGUCUGUUCCUGUCAUACUGUUUUUACGGACUCUGUAUUGUUGCAUCAUUUCGUCGAAAAGUGCAUACAUUCGCAUACAGUAGGUAUUACAUUAAAAGAGUCCUGGAGUAUGAAUAGUCACCGUUUAUGCUCUAAACACUGAUCCCUCCAUAAACACAUGGCGGUCAGAAUUUAUCGAGAGUCUGCCAAUCACAGCACACCUUUUAGGGCGAGCCUCCAUGGCUUUUAGCCAAUCCGAGGCGCGGAAAAGGUUCAGUGCCUCUGAGUUUGUAGCGAGGUGUUCACGUGACCACUGGAGAAAGAAUGCCAACAUGGACCCGUGGCAAGGACGGGACGCGUGAUCCUGCCACGACAAUAACACGACGAAGAAAAGACAGAAGAGAGAAUAAAGAACGACGUCGACGCCACUGCUGCUGCCCAGCGAGCCUACCGCACAGGGUUUUUUGUGACUGCUCCUCUGGGUCAAGGUUUCUUGAAACCUUCUGUUUUGCAUCCGCCCUGGAUCAAUGGUGUCUCUCAGCAGCAGAACCCUGGGUUUAGACAGUGAACUGUACAGGCACGGUAGCAACAGCCUGUUUAGCCGUGCUUUGGAAGAUGUAGCCUGCAGCGAGGAAGCUAGCGUAGCUUCCUGUGACAGUCCGGAGGCAGGGGACCUAGGAGCCAUGCACAGCUCCAGCCAAGGAGAGGAGGAAGAUGAGGAAGAGGAGGAAGUUGAAGGAGCGUGCUUGAAACUUUUUGUAGGACCAGGGAAGGAGAAUCCUGCAAGUCAGGAGCCUAAGCUUCCAGAGUUCUCUUUCCAACACUCAUCUCCUUUUACCCCAACCCUUGAGGACAUAGAGGAGUUCUUGAGGGAAAAGAUGGAAAUAGUGAAAGAAAGUCUGAUGGUGUCGAAAGAGGAAACAGCUCUUCCAUGCAACUCCAUAUGUGUCUCUGCUCCUCCAGUCUCCACCCUCACAGACAAUCAUAACCCCGAGAAAGAUGUCUCUCACCGCACUUGUAGCCCAAAUUCCCCCCCAAAUGAACAGAGCAGCCCAAGCCCCGCUGACACUCCUCAAGUGUCCACUUCACCCUCCACCUCAUCUCCCUCCAUGCUGCUCGGUGCACCUUUGGUUCUCCAGCUCCAGCCUCUCCCUGUGACCCAGCCUCAACCCCCUGCAAGGUCUCCUCCUGGAGUCCAGAAUGGCAUUUGGCUCACUCAUCUUUUCAUGGGGCUCCAGGGCGCCUCGGGACAAAAUCUUACUCUACUGGCCCCCCAGGUGCCCUCCUCACCCGCCACCAUUAUAGCACUCAGCAGUGGAGACACAAAAUCAGCUGAUCAGAAGUAUGUCAAGAUCGCACCUCUGCCCAUCAAAAUGAAUACUGUGGAGAUUGUGGGUCUCACUGGGGUUGGAGCCCAAGGCGGUGGUUUGUUGAAGGCUGUGGACCCCCGGGCAGCCAAAACAACACCCACAGAGAGGGUCCAUAAGUGCUCCCACCCAGGAUGUGGAAAGAUGUACACGAAAAGCAGCCAUCUAAAAGCUCACUUCCGCCGGCACACCGGAGAGAAGCCCUACACAUGCAGCUGGCCUGACUGUGACUGGAGGUUCUCCCGAUCUGAUGAACUGUCCCGUCACCGUCGCUCUCACUCUGGCAUCAAACCGUACGAGUGCUCAGUGUGUGAAAAAAAGUUUGCCCGCAGUGACCACUUAUCCAAACACACAAAGGUCCACCGUGGUUCCAGGCCAAGCAGGAUCAUCAGACCCACCAUGUGACGCCGCCUUGUGGCCUAAUGCCUGCCCUGCAUCCUGUCUGCUGUGACCAGGGUGGGACCUGGGUCUUCCUCAGGACUUGUGGUGCUUUCAUUAGCAGAACUUAGACAGACAAAAAUCUGGCUACAGUUUUCACCAUGGUGUCUAUUUUUUUCUGCUCCUUGCUGUUGACAUUUUGCCUGUUCAUUAGGACUGGCUCAUCCUUAACUAAGCUAUAAACCACCUCAGGAAAUACUCAACUGGAAGUGGAUUUCCUGGCCUUCCCUAACACACGCACGAAAACAUAGGAACAGGCUGGAAACAGUUUACUGAAAAGGGCCUCUUUGCAGUCUUUGUGUCUGUUACCGAGCUAAUCUAAGUGUAGGUUUGCUGUCGUAACGGUGAUGACAGCGCCUGCAAUCAGAGAUCAGACUAUCUGUUCUCUGUUUUGCAUUUGGCCUUUAGUCUCAGCCUUCAUGGCCCACAUGGAUAAGGUUUCUCACAAUUCAUACAUUGUAAAAGUGAUCUAUUCUCUAGAGAAUUGAAUUCAUACAAUGGACAUAAACACAAUAUACAUGGUAGUUCAACACAGAAGGACUAACCUGUUUAGGUCCAUAUUGAAACACUAUAUAACCAGUAUAUCUCCUGAAGUGAAUGUUGAGAUGCUGAUUCAGUGACAUGAAGCUUGUUGCUGCACUCUCAGUUAAAUGCAGCUCACAAUUCCUUCUUUCUUCCUUUUUCACAUUAAUCCAACCAUUACCUUACCAUACGAUCGUGUACAUACUAAUGUCUGGGAAUGCCUUUGUCACUAAAUCUGAGAGGAUCCCUACUGUUAAUAAUGUUACUGUGUAACUGCUCUUGUUUUAUCUUGAAACUCAGCUGGGUGGUUGCCAAACCAUGAAUCCCAGCACAUGUCAGAGCAUGAACAACGCCACCUGCGAUGCAUGACAGUUUAUAAGCUGUUUGCUGUAAGUAAACCUUACGAAAUCAUUGUGCAGCUGAACUCUACGGCCUGUAAAGCUAACCAGGUCUUAUGCUAUAUUUGGGUGCUUCAAUGGUGCAAUGGUGCUCUACAGUAACAGAAACAAUGCAAACACUUAUAUUGGUUAUGAGGGACGUGUGGAAUAAGGUUGUUGACAUCUAGUUUGUUAUUGGUAUUAUAAUACUAAAUGUUAUGUACUAAAGCUUGUAGCCAUUAUAUACCGAUAUUUUUUUAAACCACUGCAUUAAGCUACUGGCUUUUCUGGAGAUUAUCUGGUUUUUGGUGAGUCUGUGAUCAAACCAGUUCUAGGAGUUUCUCCAGGUCUAAGUCUCAUCUUGAUGAUUGUGAUUUCAAAAUCACUGCAAUUGUCUCAGAAAGGUUUUUAAAAAGGAACCGAAAUGUUAUUCCGGUCGGUGCAGUCACUGCGAUACACUGUGUUGUUGGAUUUCACCACACGUCCACACUAAAGGCUACACAAGUCAAACCUACACAAGUUUAUUGUCUCAGUUCAACAAACAGAUGUUAUUAACAAACUGGAGGUGAAUGUAUAUGAGAUGAAGAAGCAUUUUUGUUGUUGGAUUAAAGAAAACUAUAGCACUUUCACAUACAGCGGUGCAAAGCUCUCGUAUACGGCACUCAUUUCUAUGCCUUUGUUUCUUAACAUUGAGGACAUGCUACAUGUUACUGUUCAUUGAAUACUGUAAGUAUUGUGGUGAAUGCCAACACACUGACAGACGGUGACAUCUGUCUCAACUAGUGUAGUCUUUGUGAGCCAUCCUCUCCAGGCUGCUGCAUCUACAGACCUCCAUCCAGACAUGGACUCACAUCAUCAUCAUCAUCAUCAUCCACUCCGCCUCUCCCGCUCGUGCGUCUAGUGGACAAAAAGGCAUUUUUGAUAUUUAUUUUCUUUUUUUUUUAAAUACCAGAAUUACUAUUUUCCUAUUAGUGAAAAUAAAUAACAA